ACCGAAAUUGUCUGUAAAUCACGAGAAGACAUUGACUUGUCUGAUAAGCUCUUUCCAGAUCGGGAGGCACCAUUAUCAAACGUUAAAAGAACCUCCCCUUUCUGUCUUCGCCAAUCCAUUCCAGAAAUAAAAAAGGGCUCCACAUUGUACGGAAUUGGAUUUCAAAUGGCGUAAUUUCUUUCUUUCCUUUUCAUUUGAUCCGCAUUUGAAAUCCGUUUUGAGAUCUCACGCAUUUCUUUGGGAAAGUUCGAGAGUUGUUUUGCUUUUUGGAUCGGGAAUUCAAGAUUCGCCUCUUGUUUUCUUUUGGAGGAGAAUUUAAGAGUCAUUGGCUCCGCAUUGUUCCUAUUUGGAUUUCUAUUUGAAGAUUCGAUUUUCAGUUCUUGUAAAUCGUACGGAUCUAAUCCGGUCCGGAUUUUGAAUCUUCUGUUAUGGUGUUUUGGCGAUCGUGUCUUUGAAUCGUCAUUCCUGUCAAUAAACAGCUAAAAAAAAUCAAAUUUCUCCUUUAUUUAUUCUCUGGGAAUUCAUUUAAUGCGUGAAGACUGAACUAAAGACAGAAGAUAGCUGGUUACAUUGAAGGUUGAAAGAUGGAUCCUUUGGCUGCGGUCAGCGAAGAGCUAGCUGAGAUCGACGGACAAAUCGCCGACAUUUUUCGAGCUUUAUCAAAUGGAUUCCAGAAACUGGAGAAGGUUAAGGAUGUUAAUAGGCAGAGUAGGCAAUUGGAAGAGCUUACUGACAAGAUGCGGGAGUGUAAAAGGCUCAUCAAAGAGUUUGAUAGAGAAGUGAAGGAAAUGGAGAGUAGAAUUGAUCCAAACACCAACAGAAUGCUGAAUGAAAAGAAGCAGUCAAUGAUCAAGGAGUUGAAUUCAUAUGUUGCACUUAAAAAGCAACAUCAAAGCAAUCUUGAGAACAACAAACGAGUUGAUCUCUUUGAUGGGCCUAACGAAGGUUUUGGAGAAGAAAAUGUCUUGCUAGCUUCAUCUAUGACAAAUCAACAGCUAAUGGAUAGGGGAAACCAGAUGAUGGAUGAAACUGAUCAAGCCAUUGACAGGGCCAAGAAGGUUGUUCAAGACACAGUUGAUGUUGGAACAGAGACUGCUGCAGCUCUCAAGGCUCAGACUGAACAAAUGGGCAGGAUAGUUAAUGAGCUGGAUUCUAUCCAUUUCUCAAUCAAGAAAGCUUCUAAGUUGGUCAAAGAAAUUGGUAGGCAGGUUGCUACUGAUAAGUGCAUAAUGGCAUUGUUGUUUCUUAUCGUCGCUGGUGUCAUAGCCAUCAUAAUCGUGAAGCUUGUGAAUCCAAACAACAAGGACAUCCGGGAUAUUCCAGGAUUAGCACCACCUGCAAUGAACCGGCGGUUACUCUGGACUCCUAAUCGAAGACUUUAGAAUGAACGACCUGAUGAUGUUGUCAGGAUUGUUUGCAGCCACAUUUGAUUUGAAGAAUCAUCAUAGAGCUAUAUCCCUGGUGGCUACCAUCGUUGAAGAACUGAUAUGGUUGUGGAGUUGAUUUAAUUUUAUGAUAGUUUUGGUGAAUUGGUAAAAGAGUUUGGCAGGAUUUCCCAUGUGCUAGCGGCACUGUCAAUGUUAUGAUUCAUUGAAUAGCAUUAGCGUGACGAGAUCUGUAUGACUACAUCAUUCUUCCCUGACCAAAGAAUUUGUCCCUAUAUAUAGACGAGAGGGAAGGUAAUGAAUUUGAGAGUGUAUUGGUUCAUUUCAUACCCUGUAUAAUAUAAUACUUGCAUAAUUCUUUGCUUCAUUUACUCCA